GGCGGAAAGGCGGGAGGCGGAAGCGCGCUCCUGGGUGGCUGCUGUAUCCCUGGGUUAGCCAGAGCAGGAAGUGAACCUGCUAUGGCUCACAGGCCGGAAAGGACUUUCCGGCAGCGCCGAGCGGAAUCUAGUGACAGCGACAGCACCCAGGAGCCAUUUGCUGAACCCGGGUCGCCGGGGGAGCAGGCAAACCUGGGCCCUGCGGAGGAAGGGCUGCCGUCUGGAGGAGGCCGCGCGGAAGCGGCGGAACUACCCCGCCGGGCCCGGGGUCGGAGCCGCGGCCGGGUCUGGGCCAGUUCCCGGCACGCCGCGAGAGCGGCUCCGCGCUUGGACGGAGGCUCGGACGUCCCAGGUGACGCGGGGCAGCAGGGUGCGUGCCCGGGGCAGCAGGAAUCCAGAGCGGUUGAUCUUUCAACAGACGAAGAGGAUGAAACACAUCGUUCUUCAGAAAGUAAAGAUGAUCAGAGUUCAUCUUCCAAUAGCUCUAGCUCUCUGGAAGAAGAGUUUACAUCACUAGUUUGGAUACAUUUUAUUUCUUGUCCGAUUGCUGUGGCUAGGACUGCCAAAACUAUGUUGAAUAGAAGUGUAAAUAUCCCUGAUGCAGCUUUUAUUCAGGCAGCCUACCGAAAACGUGAAUUGGCCAGGGCCCAAGAGGACUAUAUAUCUUUGGAUGUAAAACAUGCCUUCACCAUCUCUGGUAUGAAGAAAAACACUGAAUAUCCUGAGAGUGAGACUGAUGAUCAUGAAAAUAUAAUACCAUUUACCACGAAGCCUCAAACACUUAGACAAAAGAUGGCUGAAAAAACAGCAACCAGAAAUGAAGAAACAAGUGAAGAUAGUGAAGAAGAUAAAAAAUAUCAAGAUAUUUGGGAACAGCAGCAGAUGAGAAAAGCAGUUAAAAUCACAAAGGGACGAGACAUAGAUCUUUCUCAUAGCAGUAAAUCUCAAACAGUGAAGAAGUUUGAUGCUUCCAUUUCAUUUCCACCAGUAAAUUUAGAAAUUAUAAAGAAGCAACUAAAUACUAGAUUAACAUUACUACAGGAUACUCACCGCUCACACCUGAGGGAAUAUGAAAAAUACAUACAAGAUGUCAAGAGCUCAAAGAGUACCAUCCAGAACCUAGAGAAUUCAUCAAAUCAAGUUCUAAAUUUUAAAUUCUAUAAAAGCAUGAAAGUUUAUGUGGAGAAUUUAAUUGACUGUCUUAAUAAAAAGAUUAUCAACAUCCAAGAAAUAGAAUCAGCCAUGCAUGCACUCCUUGUAAAACAAGCCAUGAUCUUUACGAAACGCAGGCAAGAUGAAUUAAAACAUGAAUCAGCGUAUUUACAGCAGUUAUCACGCAAAGCUGAGACGUCAACAAAUAGAAGCUUGGCUAUAGAUGAAAAAACUCAAUGGAUUUUAGAAGAGAUUGAAUCUCGAAGGGCACGAAGAAGACAAGCAAGGGUUCUUUCUGGGAAUUGUACUCAUCAGGAAGGAACAUCUAGUGAUGAUGAACUAUCUUCAGCAGACAUGAUUGACUUCCAAAAAAGCCAAGGUGACAUUUUAGAGGAUCAUAAGAAGAUUUUUGAAGAUGUACACGAUGAUUUUUGUAACAUCCAGAAUAUUUUAUUGAAAUUUCAACAAUGGCGAGAAAAGUUUCCUGAUUCUUAUUAUGAAGCUUUCAUUAGUUUAUGCAUUCCGAAGCUUUUAAAUCCCCUAAUACGAUUUCAGUUGAUUGAUUGGAAUCCUCUUAAGUUUGAUUCCAUAGGUUUAAAACAGAUGCCAUGGUUCACAUCUAUAGCAGAAUUUAUAGAUAGCAGUAUGGAAGAUUCAAAGAAGGACGAUAGUUCUGAUAAGAAAAUCUUGUCUACUGUCAUCAGCAAAAUAAUUAUUCCUCGACUUACAGACUUUGUAGAAUUCAUUUGGGAUCCCUUGUCAACCUCACAGACAACAAAUUUAAUAACACAGAGCAGAAUGAUUCUUGAAGAACAUUCCACUUGUGAAAAUGAAGUUAUUAGUAAAGGCAAACAGGAUUUACUUAAACCCAUUGCUUCAAGAAUGAAGAAGGCAAUAGAUGAUGAUGUUUUUAUUCCUCUAUAUCCAAAGAGUGCUGUAGAAAACAGAAUGUCACCACAUUCAAAGUUCCAAGAAAGACAGUUCUGGUCAGGUCUAAAGCUCUUCCACAAUAUUCUUCUUUGGAAUGAACUCCUCCCAGAAGACACCUUGCAAGAGCUAGGACUAGGGAAGCUGCUGAAUCGUUAUCUUAUUAUAGCUCUUCUCAAUGCCAUACCUGGGCCAGAUGUUGUUAAAAAGUGCAACCAGAUAGCAGCAUGUUUACCAGAAAAAUGGUUCCAAAAUUCUGCCAUGAGAACAUCUAUUCCCCAGCUAGAAAACUUCAUCCAGUUUUUACUGCAGUCUGCACGUAAAUUAUCUACAAGUGAAAUCAGGGAUGAAGUCAAAGAAAUAAUUCUUAUUCUGGUGAAAAUAAAAGCUUUGAAUCAUGCAGAAUCCUUCAUAGAAGAAUAUCACCUAGACCAUCUUAAAUCAGUAAUUAAAGAAGUUUGAGUGAACUUUAUAGGAAAGUACUAAAAUGAGGUUUUAAUAUAGUCACACUUGGCUCUUUUGCUUGGAGAAAGAAGAAAAAAAAAAGUGUUGCCACUUCUUUAUUCCCAGUAAUGGAGGGGAGAAUUUGCAAAACCCAAAAAGCAGGACUCUGUCUUUCCAUUCCUUCCACCUUCUACCUUCUGGUAUCAUGAAAGUCUGCCCCUUUUUUUUGCAGUGUUUGCAGGAAUUAGACACACAGGAACAGUAAGAGUUUAACAUAUUUCCUUUUCCAUUUGAUUUUUCCAUCUACUUUUCCAGCUUAAGAAAGGAGUUGAAGGAAGCUUGUUAUAGCUGUUUUGGCUUUGGUUGGUCUUCUGUCCUGAACCAUAAAAACCUCUUUUAGUUCUCUUCAUUUUAACUAUCUCUGUUUACAAAUGAGUUUAAAUGAAAAUCUUAAUCGGGAUGAAUUACUUGUUAAGUAUUCUGAUUAAGGCAUUUUAGGGCUUUUUAUAACUCAUGCUUGUCAAAAUGUUCUUCAGAAAUGUGUACCAAUGUAUUGUACCAAUAGAAGUCUAAGAAAGGCCAAUGAAUCUCUACGAGCAAUAGGUAUUAUCAUUUUUUUAAACUCAUUUGCACUUAAUAGGUGAAAAAAAUCUUAUUUUAAUAAUUUGUUUUGGCUAUUAGAGAGUGACUACUUGUUUUUUGGCCAUUUGUAAUUCUUUUUGAAAUAUCUAUUCAUCUUUUUCUUAUAGAUUUGUAAGAGCUUUAUAUUUUAAAGAUACUGAUGUUCUGGGAAUUCCCUGGCAUCCAGUGGUUAGGACUCUGCACUUUCACUGCUGAGGUCACAGGUUCGAUCCCUGGUCAGGGAGCUAAGAUCCCACAAGCCAUGCAGCACGGCCAAAAAUAAAAACAAAACAAAACAAAACAAAGAUACUAAUGUUUUGGCUGUGCUAUGUUAUAGUUUCCCUCAUUUGCCAUUUUCUUUAGAUUUGUUUAUGUUUUUGGUGUACUAAGUUAUCUCUUGUUAGGUAGUUACUAUUUUUUGUUGAGGUUUUUUUGUCAUUGGUGGUAGGCCUAGACAGGAAACAAAUAUUUUAAAUAUUCAGCACAGGGACUUCCCUGGUGGUGCAGUGGUUAAGAAUCCACCUGCCAAUGCAGGGGACACGGAUUCAAUUCCUGUUCUGGGAAGAUCCCACAUGCCACGGAGCAACUAAGCCUGUGUGCCACAACUACUUAAGCCUGCACACCUAGAGCCUGUGCUCCGUAACAAGAGAAGCCACCGCAAUGAGAAGCCCCCAUGCACCACAAUGAAGAGUAGUCCCUGCUCACCGCAACUAGAGAAAGCCUGCAUGCAGCAACGAAGACCCAAUGCAGCCAAAAAUAAAAAUAAAUAAAAGUAAUUUAUUAAAAAUAAAUAUCCACAUAUGAUUCAUUUUCUAAUAAAAAAUUUGUGUGAUUAAGAAAGUGAGGCAAGGUCAUUGAAUCAAAAAGAAAUUGAGGGACUUCCCUGGUGGUUAAGAAUCCACCUUCCAAUGCGGGAGACUCAGGUUCGAUCCUGGCUGGGGAACUAAGAUCCCACAUGCCGUGGGGCAGCUAGGCCUGCGUGCGGCAACUAGUGAGAGGCCCUAAACAAAGAGCCCCGUGUGCUGCAAUGAAGACCCAGCGCAGCCAAAAAAAAAAAAAAUUCUUUGUGACACUCUCAAUAACUAUAAAAUAAAAACUUUGAAACAUGCUAUGUGUAUGAGAAUUAAAAAAAAAACAUUUUUCAAAGUGAGUUUACUAAAAUAAUUUUUGUUAAAUCUAUUUGUUUAAAUAACUUGAGGGCCAUCCUAAAUGUAUUAUGCAAAUUGUUGCCCAAAAGACAAUCAGGAAAAAAUUAUCUGUAGGAUUUGAGCAUGUGGCCUCUGACAUUAUCACCCCUAGUUUUGAAGCUGCAUGUAAUUUAUUUUAGAUUGGUGUGUGAUUUCUACUACAGUGAAGACUCAUGAUUCACUGGUAUGAACAGUUUUUUAGUUUAUUUUGGUUACACAAAUUAUGAAGAGUAGAAUCUCAUCUAGAAAAUUCAAGCCGUUGCUAAAAAGGAUUUAGCAUUCUUACACAAUUAUUGUUCUCAGAGGUAACUGCUGUUUUCAUUUUGUUAUCCUUUCAGACCUUUUCUCUACUUAAAAAGUAUGUAUGUUUGUAUACACACACACAGACCUUUGUUUUUUAUAUAAAUGGCAGAUACUUACUGUGUAUGAAAUUUGUAACUUUUAUUGUUAAAGUGUACAUUUGAAAUUUCCCUAUAAUUUUUGCAUUUGUAAUUAAAGGUGUGUUAGAUGAUCCUUUACAUUUUUAACUUGCGCAGAGAGAUUUCUCUUGCUUUUUGUAGAGUGGAAAAUAUUAGAACUGCUUUUAAAACUAAAUUGAUUUAAAUUCCCAAUAGUUUUCAGCUAAAUUUCAUUAUGCUUGGAGUUUGAAUCUCAGUAUUUUUAUCCAUCAUAUACUAUAUCUGAGGAUAUUCAAAAACGUUUGUGAAGCUUGCCUAAUCCUCAAUGCAGAGUUCCUUUUUCCAACCCUCCCCCCACUUUUUUCCUGUUACUGUGAAAUGGAUGGAAUGAAGGAGAGAAAACAACUAGCAAAAACAAAUCUUUGAGUUAGCAAUUUAUCUCACAUCUCAAUUCUCUCCCUGGAUUUUCUCAGCUUUUUGUUCACUUAAAGAAUGUAAAAUUUUUACAGAAUCAGACAGAUGACCUUUUUGUUUUUACUUCUUUCAUAUGGCUUUUAGGAACCUUUCAAUGGCCAUGAAAACAUACCUCAGAACAAUCGAGUUUUGCAUUUGUUAGGCUUGUGACGAAAUGAUAUUUAUAUAGAUGACUCCUAAGAAAUACCAUAUGUGGUACAAAACCUGAAAAAGGUAUUACAAGAAAAGAAAAUAGACCAAUAUUCCUCAUGAAUAUAGAAAUAAAAAUCCUUAAAAUAUUAGCAAAUUGAACCCAGCAAUGUAUAAAAUGGAAAAUACUAAUACCUCAUGACCAAAUAGGGUUUAUUCCAGGAAGGCAAGUUUGGGUCAACAUUAAAAAUGUAAUCAGUAUAAUUCACCUAUGAACAGAAUAAAAGAGGAAAACCAUACAAUCAUCUCAAUGAUUACAGAAAAGGCACUGGACAAAAUUCAACACCCUCCCACAGUACAAAACCAGGAAUAUAAAUUCUUUAAUAAAGAGCAUCUGCAAAAGAACAUCCACACUUAACAUCAUAUUUAAUGGUAAAAUAUUAAAGCAAGGAUGUCUGCUCUCACCAUUUCUGUUCAUCCUUGUUCUGUAGGUCCUAACCAUGCAAUCAGUCAAGAAAAGGCAUAAAGAUUAAAACACAAAGAGUCGUCAUUCACAAAUGACAAGAUUGUUUUACAUAGAAAAGCUUAUGCACUCUACAAAAAAAAAAAAUUCAAUCACAACAAAUAAGUGAAUUUAGCCAGAUCUUAACAAGUAAGUCCAGGGGCAUGCUAGUGAUUUAACUGGAAACAAAUAAAACAAUAACACUUCAGUAGCAGUGAAA